UGUUCUCAAAGCUUUUAAUAAUUUAAAACAAGUUUCAAAACCAACUAUUGAUCACUUGUUUUGUUUGAUUUUUAUUAAUUACUUAACUAAAGGACUCAGACCAACAAUUGAUUUGAUUGAAGAGAUUUUGGUCGAAAGACAUUCAAUGGUGAAUGAGAAGCAAAUAUUUUGUAUAUAUUUUCAGAUAUUAUUACUAAAUAGUCGUCAAAAUUCUGGUCAAUCACUGAAAGCGUUGCGUUCAGUACUAAACCGAGCACUCGAUUGCUAUCCAACAGAACCGCAAUUCUUAUGCCUUUUAGUGAACAUUGAGUUCAUGUCUAACGUGUUUUGUCGGAUGAGAAGGUUUUUCGCCAAAUCCUACCAAACGGUGCGAAAUGAAAGCAAUUGUGAGCACAACUGGAAUCUUAUUCUUUAUGCCAUUCAUUCGGAACUCAAAAGACUUGAUUCGGCGAACGGGACUGUCCGAAAGCCGAGCGCAGCCUCCCGUCCGACCCGAAGUAGAGGCCAUAGAGAGGCCACACCUGACUCCCAGCCAUACGUCCCCUCAAAAAUUAGCUUAAGUGCGAAUCUGAAACAUUUACUGGUUAUGACACCAACUCUGCUCAACUGCAAUAACACAUCGAAAGGCAAAGCAGUCUUUUAUAGAGCGUUACAAACGUGUAGUUAUAGUAAAAUCCUAUAUUUGGAUGGAAUUCAAUACUUUUCAUCACAAUUACAGGAAUUAUUGGAUAUAAUGACUGAAAAGGAGAUUAAGAUUAGAACUCCAUUAGAAGAGAUUGAGUUAUUAAUGAAUAAUUUAAAGUAA